AAAUUCUGCUCCUUCACACAAUCAUAAGCCGUUGACAGCUUUCUCAAAAACUUGAAAAAAUCACAUCAAUUGCGCUCCACCGCUGUCCGAACCGCUUUUGAGUUUUUCCAUGACUCGCGAAGGCCAUUUUGAUCAAAAUAUCGAAAUCUGAAAAAAAACCAUCAACUGAGUACAAAACAACAUCCAGAAGACCCAUCGUUUUCAUCAUUUCCUUGAUCUUUGCAAUCAAAGAAGAAGUGCUGAGCAAUCAAGUUUUGUUUUUACUCAAUUGUAUUCAAAAAGUGGUGAAAAAGACAGUACCACAGUUUCCCUUAUCAAUAAUAAUACUCAAAAUUGCGCCAACAGGGUGAGAUUACUAAACUUACAACUUUACUUCAACAAUGGAUCCAAAAAGAGCUCCAGAUUUUAGACCUCCAUCUACAAAACCUUCAAAUGACCCUCCAUUAGCACCUUCGUCUCAAAUCCCAAAAGCUGCACCUAUCCAACCUUAUGUCUUAGCUGAUUAUCCCAACAAAAUUGAUGCUCCUAUAAAACCUCGUAAACAUAAACAUCAUCACCACCAUCAUCAUCAUCACCACCAUCCUUCUUCAUCUUCUCAACAACCCACCUCUGCUCCAAUAUCGGGUGAAACUAAAGAUUUACAACCAUUAUCAAGCGCAGAAAAUUCGUCAACUGAUGAAGAAGAUGAUGAGAAGAGUGAAAAUAUUGAUGCUUUAUUAGAGGAACCACAAGAAGAUCCAAUGAAACCAACAAUAAAAGAUGGGAUACAAGCUUACCAAACUGCUGAUUUAGAAGAAGUCCCACAUGGUAUUGUUCGACAAGCAAAAAGAAUUGAAAGUUAUGAAUUCCCAACUCAUAGAUUGAUCCCAAAACUGAAAAAUCCAAAUAAGCAUCCUUUAGUCAUUGUGGCAUGUGGUUCUUUCUCACCAAUAACUUAUCUACACCUCAGAAUGUUUGAAAUGGCAUUGGAUGCAAUUAGAGAACAAACAAGAUUUGAAGUUGUCGGUGGUUAUUAUAGUCCUGUUAGCGACAAUUAUAAAAAAAGAGGGUUAGCUUCUUCAUAUCACAGAGUUAGAAUGUGUGAAUUGGCUUGUGAAAGAACAAGUAGUUGGUUAAUGGUUGAUGCUUGGGAAUCUUUACAACCAACAUAUACAAGAACUGCAAAAGUCUUGGAUCAUUUCAAUGAAGAAAUAAAUAUCAAGAGAGGUGGGAUUUUAACUUCUGAUGGUUCUAAAAGAGGUGUGAAAAUUAUGUUAUUAGCUGGUGGUGAUCUAAUUGAAAGUAUGGGUGAACCAAAUGUAUGGGCAGAUGAUGAUUUACAUCACAUUUUAGGCCGUUAUGGUUGUUUGAUUGUGGAAAGAACAGGUAGUGAUGUUAGAUCAUUCUUGUUAAGUCAUGAUAUCAUGUAUGAACACAGAAGAAACGUUUUGGUUAUUAAACAAUUGAUUUAUAAUGAUAUUAGUUCUACAAAAGUUAGAUUAUUUAUUAGAAGAGGUAUGUCUGUUCAAUAUUUAUUACCUAAUAGUGUCAUUAGAUAUAUUCAAGAGCAUGGAUUAUAUAUCAAUGACCCAGAACCAGUUAAGCAGGUCUUAGAUUCAAAGGAUUAG